UCAUGUUCUCUUGCUCUCUCUGUAGGAACCUCCGCAUGAAUAGUCUCCAGUUAAACUGUAGGUGGAUAAACACAGCCAAGAAAAGUUUAAGCUGACUUUUGCCAUGAGUUCCCUCGGAAGAGGGAUCCACACUGUGAAGUAUGAAAGACUGGUGAAGUUUCUCUCGUAAUAAGGCUUGUUCACACACAGGUUACUGUGUUAUGAUUUAUAGUAUCCAGUAUGAAAAUUGUGCUUGUUUGUGUUUAUAUUGCUGCACACUGUAAUACUUGGGUGCACACAGUGGCACUUUGUCAGGACAAGCCUGCAGGCAGGAAAGGCUUAGCACUGUAACCACAGCUGCCAUUCAGCAAGGUUUUUAAAGUUUUCACGUGAUCUGUUGUGGUGUGUUGUAAGACAGCAGUCUGAAAGUCUUGGGUAAAAAACACCCUCUCUUCCUGCAGCUUAGAUGUUAAUCACUGCUUGCUGUCCAUGUUGUACUCUUUCAGUGUCCCUAGGAAUAUAGAGUUUGUGCUAGAAAGAAAUCAGCCUAAUCCAACAAAAAGUGUUUUGUUUCUUUAUGGACUUGAUGAUGCAUACAGAAGCAUAUGUACAUGUAUGGAUGCAAGCUUGUCACCUACAGAAUUAAAGAAGGGCUGUCACUUGCGCAAUUCUUGUUUAGACAUAUUGAAGUGGAAGUAGUGUAAAAUGAGUCUUCCUGUGGGGAAGAUACGUCUCUGGAAAGUCAUGAUCUUAAAGUAGAAUUUGUAACAUUCACCAAGUCCUAUCCAUACUGAUUCUCUCUCUCUUUUUUUUUUUUUUUUUUUUUUCUUGGGUAGGAGCUGUUUAUCCUGGCUUUUGCCAGUAGCAGCCAGUCACUACAGUUGCUGAGUAGUCAGUAGCCUCAGCAUUUUUGCUUCCUCAAGGCAACCUUUCUAGGGGAGCUGGAUUUUUGUUAGGCUGCUGUACAAAGAAUUGGCUGACUCAUUGAGACAGUUCUGUGGGAAGCCAGAGGAGUAAAAUGGGGGCAGGGGAGCUCUAGGAAGUUGAAGGGACUAAAGGCUAACAAAGGAACAGGAAUAGUUUGGGGAAGGACAAUAGAGUAAGAAAUAGGAAGUGAAAUAUUAAACAGGAAGAAGAAUGCCAGGAGGGCUGGUCCCUGAAACAGCUGCAUGACAGGAGAAGUCUCUGGAAAGAGCUGGUCUUGCCUGCAGAUCUUUUUCACACAGUGAUCACAGCAUGUUUCCUCUUUAAACCUGCAACUGGAGUCAGUUAAGACACAGACCAACUAGUAAAGGAAGAGAGUGAGGCAUGGGAUGACUUGGAGACAGAACCAUUCGGGACCUGAAGAUCAGAUAGCACUUGUGAUGCUGUUCCCAGCCUUUGGAUAAAAGGAAGACUCAUGCCAGUGAAUCUCAGACACGUUUUCUGAACUGUUACUAGCAUGUGCCUUUUGGAAGGAGUUUGAAUACCUCAUUCCAUUGAAGGAUCCAAAUCCUGACGUGAAAUGAGUACAGUCUUCCACAAACUUCUUUUUGACAUUUCUGAGGCUUUGGCCACAGAUGAACUGGCAGCUCUGAAGUUUCUCAGCUUGGAGCAUGUCCCUGUGAGGAAACAAGAAGCUAUUGAGGAGCCCAAGGCUUUCUUUGAAGUGCUUCAGGAGAAAGACAUGAUCAAAGUGGGGGACGUGUCCUUCUUGAAGGAGCUGCUCUACCGGAUCAAUCGGAUAGACCUCCUGGCUGGCCAGCUGGGCUCCAGCCGAGAGGAGAUGGAGAGGGAGCUUCAGAUCCCAGGCAGGGCAAAGGUGUCAACAUACAGACAGCUGCUAUAUGGAAUUGCAGAGGACUUGACUCCAGAAGAUGUCAAGAGUGUGAAAUUCCUGCUGCAAGAACGGAUACGAAAGAACAAGCUCCAGGAUAAUGCUUCAAUGUUGAAGGUCUUAAUGGAAAUGGAAAGAAAUGGAAUAAUUAAAGAAGAUGACCUGAGAAUUCUGAAGGAUAUAUUAAAGGAAUUUAGAGCUGACUUAAAGAAAAGAAUUGAUAUCUAUGAAGAAAAAACAAAAGAAAAUAAUUCUAAGGAAGAACUCAGCAAUCUAAUCUGUGUGUCUCGGCAUCCAGCAGGACAAGGAGCAGAGGGUGGGACACCACACCUGCUUAUGGAAUCAUACAAGAUGGAAAAUAACCCCCAUGGCUACUGUGUGAUUCUUAAUAACCACAAGUUUAAAAAUCCGUGUGAAAACAGAGAAGGAACAAUAGAAGAUGGAAACGCUCUGAAGAGGGUCUUCGAGUGGCUUCAGUUUGAGACAGUUGAGCACAUGGAUCUAGAAGCAAAAAAAAUAUAUGAGACAGUUAAAGAAUACAGUAAAAAAAACCAUAGCAACAUGGACUGUUUUGUUUGCUUCAUUCUUUCACAUGGUGAAAAAGACAAAAUAAAAGGCACUGAUGAUGAGUUUGUAAAUAUUAAAGAUUUACUCACCUGCUUCAGUGGAUCUAAUUGUCCUUCACUUGCUGGCAAACCCAAGCUGUUUUUCAUCCAGGCUUGCCAAGGCUCUGUAGGUCAUCCAGCUGUCACAGUACAAGAAGACUGUUCUGGCCAUCUCGAGAUGGAUGCUGUCCCUCUGCCUUCCAUUCCUGACCAGGCUGAUGUUCUGGUUGGCAUGGCUACUGUGGAAGACUUUGAGUGCUACCGCUGUAUAAGGACUGGCAGCGUUUACAUUCAAUGCCUCUGUGACAAGAUGGAGUUACUUUGCCCACUCCGCAAGGAUAUUGUAACCAUCCUGACAGAAGUGAACAAGGAAGUGGGAAAAAAAGUAUUAAAUGGAUCGAAGCAGAUGCCAAAGAUAACAUCAACCCUGCGGAAGCAGUUUAUCUUCCAGAUUCCACAAUGCCAGUCAACAAUAAAAUAAGAAUACACUUGAUUAGGAAUAACUUCUGGAAUGGGCUUCCACAGGGAAUUCAAGAAAAGUUGCAACAGAAAUUGUCUAGAUCUGUGUAGUUACUCCCAGUCCUGCAAGGGGCUGUGUGACCCAAAUUUUUCAAAUCCCAUGUUUAGUGAAUCUUCUGCAACUUAGAUCACUAGCAGUCUGCUCAGGCAGUGGAGUUUGGAUCUCUUCAGUCCUGCUUUCAAGUAAGAAAGCAUUUCCAAGUAGUAUGAUUUUUAAGUGUUAUGAGAAUUGCCAAUGGAACUAUCAUAGAGUAAUAGGUUCAGAGAAUCAUUAAGGUUGGAAAAGACCUUCAAGAUCAUCUGGUCCAACCAUCACCCUACUACCAAUGUCACCCAUUAAAGCGUGUCCCUAAGCACCAGGUCCAGCCCUUUCCUUGAACACCCCCAGGGAUGGUGGUACCACUACUUCAUGGGGCAAGCUGUUCCAAUGCCUACCCUUUCUCCCCUUCUGAGAAGAAAUGUCUCCUAAUUUCUAACCUAAAAUUCUAACCUAUUGUUUCUGUCUCUGCUGCUAAAAGAGAGUAAGACCUUGAAAUCCAGAUAUAUUCAGAGCACCAGAUACCUUCUCAGAGACCUUGUGUAAAGUUGUAACUGUACCAUGCAAGGAAGUACCCAGAAGUGAGUAAUUGCAUAACUCUGGAAACUGUGUAGUUCUUCACAGAAAAUAAUGUCCCUGCCCAGAAGGACCAAAUAAAUAAAUAAAUAAAGAUGAUGAUACAAGUCUGA